CCCUAUGCCGGCGUGGAAACAUGCGGGCAGGAACGCCGAUAUAUGAGGAACCUCGUGCAGUCGGUACGUCCGUCCUUGCGUUCAGCUACCGCCGGCGUGCCCGCUUGCACUCAAGGGCUCGGUCGACUCGUUCUCCACUACCACCAACGUCCACCAUGGACAGCAAGAUGGGGUACCAGGGGCUGCCAGGUGCCUCGAGUGUACACGAUGCCCGCCGUCGUUCUUCGCUGCCGAGGACAAUACUCCUGGUGCUCUGUACCGCUGUGGCGACUGCGACGGUCUUCACGUGGAACACAUCCUUUGACGCUUCUUCCCACCAGCGCGUUCAGCACCUCCCGCUCAACGCUGAGACGAUCCUCACUCAAUGUGCUUCGCUACACGAGAAACCCGGUCCUCCAACAGACUUUCUCGUAAGGGAGGUGUCGGACAGGUUCGAACCGGGGACGAAGUCAACUCUCAUCAAGAAUGCUAGGAUAUGGACGGGUGCUCGGAAUGGCACUGGGAUUGUAUAUGGUGACGUCUACCUGGACAAGGGAAUCGUGAAAGGCAUUGGCUACAUUCCCGAGACUCAGUAUGCCGGCGAACGGGAGGUGGUAAUCUUCGACGCGAAGGGAGGCUGGGUUACACCUGGUCUUGUGGACCUUCACUCCCACGUUGGGGUCUCGAGUGUGCCCGAAUUACAUGGGGCCUUGGACGUAAACUCUGAACACGGCCCAAUCUUGCCAUGGCUGCGGAGUAUUGACGCAUUCAACACUCAUGAUGAUGCAUUCCAGCUCGCAAUUGCUGGCGGCGUAACGUCUGUCCAGGUUCUCCCUGGCAGCGGAAACGCCAUUGCCGGUCAGGCUUUCAUGUUCAAGCUACGCAAGACGUCCGAUCGAACGCCUUCUUCCAUGGUUCUUGAACCUCCGCACAGUCUCAACGGCAGCUCUGCUAGCUCUGAACAUCCCAUGCGUUGGCGGCAUAUGAAACAGGCAUGCGGAGAAAGUCUUAUUGCAUACGGCAAUCGCAUGGACUCCAUGUGGUCUUACCGUUGGGCAUACAACGAAGCGCGGAAGAUCAGGGACACUCAGGAUGUGUACUGCGCUAAAGCGGAGGCAGGGUUAUGGGACGAGCUGAAAGGACAAGACUACCCGGACAAUCUGCAGUGGGAGGCUCUUGUCGACGUGCUAAGAGGUCGAGUCAAGGUAGGUAUCUUCGAUGCGUCAAGUCUAAAGUGCAACAUUCAGCUUACCAACGAGUUCGAGUUCCCCAUAGCAUCUUUCCACCAUGCGUCUGAGGCCUGGCUUGUGCCCAACUUACUCAAGCGAACUUGGGGUGGAACACCGACCGUCGGCGUCUUCGCCGCCGUUCACCGCUACAAGCGUGAAUCCUACCGUGGUUCCGGCUUUGCUCCUCGGGUACUCGUUGACAACGGUAUACCGGUUGUUAUGAAGUCUGACCACCCCAUACUGAACAGCCGCUACCUGAUGUUUGAGGCACAGCAGGCUCAUUACUGGGGACUUCCACCUCACCUUUCCCUGUUGUCUGUCACAGCUAUCCCUGCGACCGCAGCUGGCAUGUCGCACCGUAUCGGUGUGCUGCAAGAAGGCGCUGAUGCCGACGUCGUCAUCUGGGACUCGCAUCCUCUUCAAAUCGGUGCGACGCCAAGAAAGGUCUGGAUCGACGGUAUUCUGCAGGUCGGCGCGGACGAGGAGGGGAUCAUCAUCGGGAAAGGCAAGGAUGGUCGCCAGUUCCAGGAAGUGCCAAAGGUACCGAACUGGGACAAGGAGCGCAAAGAGGCGAUCAAAUGGGAAGGGCUGCCUCCACUCGCGCCUGCCCAAUACAGAGGGCGCACUUUGCUGGCUCCCGGAGAGCUGACAGAUGUUGUGGUCGACGGAGGCAGGAUCACCUGCAUCGGCAAGCAUUGCCUGGGUGGAAUCAACGCAGAAGUCGAGAUUGAUCUAUAUGGAGGGUCCAUCGCUCCGAGUCUUAUGACCUUCGGUUCGCCUUUAGGUGUCGAAGAGAUAAUGCUGGAAUCGUCAACCGGAGAUGGCGUGCUGUUUGACCCACUACACGGAGACCCACCCGCAAUUCUCGGCGAUAAGGGCGGUCUGGUACGUACGGCAGAUGCGCUCAAGUUUGGGACAAGGAAUGCACUAUUGGCGCAUCGUGCAGGUGUCACGUAUGCGACAUCCUCCCUCGAAAAGACCACCUACUUCACUUCUCCGGCGUUCGUCGCGGGCCUGUCCGUCACAUUCCGCACUGGAUCUGCACAUGCUCUCGAACCAGGCGCGGUGAUCAAGCAAGUCACUGCGUUGCACGUUGUCCUGAGCCGCACGUCUCCGUAUUCCACUGUGGCACAAGCCAGUGUCAGCACGCAGAUCGCGAUCCUACGGCGCUUGCUUCUCAACGGCGAGCCCGAGGAUACAGAGACAGGUCACUGGUUUAAGCGAGCUGCUCAGGGUGCCGUUCCACUAGUCAUCGAUGUUGCGAGCGCGGACAUCAUGGCCGUACUGUUGAGGCUCAAGAUUGAGGUUGAGCAGGCUCGAGGCUCGUUCAUGAAGAUGGUGUUCUUCAGGGCCACGGAAGCUCACCUCAUUGCCGAUGAGAUCGCUAGAGCCAAAGUCGGCAUCAUCUUGGAGCCCGCCAGACCCUUCCCUCAAGUGUGGGACGACCGCAGGAUCUUGGCUGGUCCGCCCCUUACGAAUGACACAUCCUUGGUAAGACUCAUGGACGCUGGUAUAACCGUAGCAAUUGGAUGCCGCGAUGCAUGGCAACCUGUUAAUACUCGAUUUGACGCUGCUUGGGCUGCUCUGGAGACCAACGGACGUGUCACCAGACAGAAGGCUCAGGCACUGGUGUCUACCAAUCUCGAGAAACUCUUGGACGUCGAGGGUUGGGUCGAUGAAGACGGAGGCGAUUUGGUGGCGUAUGAAAGAGGAAACGUGUUUGAUCUUGCCAGCAAGCCCGUCGCCGUUGCCUCUCCAAGGCGCAGCGUCGUAGACGUCUUGUAGAUCUGCUACUUCAUAAGAACAGUAGUGCAUUUAUUUACAAGCUUACAACGUCUACAAGCUGCCAGAUCAGACUCUAGACUCAAUCUCGUUUCGAUAUUUAAAAAAAGACUAUAUGAAGGCCU